CUGCAAUUAUUGCAUUUGUUAGCUGGUUUCUGUAUAAAUGUUAUAUUUAUCCUUCAUAUUUGUCGCCAUUACGUAAAAUUCCUGGCCCACCUGUUGGUAAUUUAAUUCUUGGGCAUACCUCUUUUAAAAAGCAAGAUUAUGGUAAAGCCUUUUCUCAGUUAGCAAAACAAUAUGGUGGAAUAGUUAGAUAUCAUUUCUUAUUGAAUAAGCCAUAUCUUGUAAUUACCGAUCCAAAACUCGUACAAAAGAUAUUGGCGAGUUAUGAUUUUCCGAGGAGUUACAUUAACUCCGCUAUGAUGAAGGAUCUAGUUGGUGAAGGAGGCCUUGUAGUUGCUAAUGAUGAUACUCAUAAACGACAAAGAAAAAUGUUGUCUCCUUCAUUUUCUUUUGGCAAUGUCAAGGAAAUGCUUCCAACAUUCAUUCAAGCUGCCCAUAAUUUAAAAGCUAUCUGGAUGAAAGAAAUUGGUAAUAAGAGAGAGGAAAGAAUUACGAUUACAACUACAACUUCAAAGAUAGCUUUGGAUAUUAUUGGCCUUGUUGGCAAGGCUCUUUCCAAUCUCCUUCCGUUUAUCAGAAAAAUUCCAACACCUAAUAACAAUAAAUAUUAUGAAUCUAUUAAAACUAUCAAUAAUAUUUCCGAGAAAUUAAUUGCUGAUAAGAAAAAUUGUCCUGUUCAAGGAACAGAUUUAUUGUCAUUAUUGAUAAAAGCAAAUGAUCAAUCACCCGUUGACGAACAAUUAACUCAUUCUGAAUUAGUUGGUCAGGUUAUGACAUUACUCAUAAGUGGACAUGAGACCACCAGUGUUACAAUAUCUUUUGCACUAUACUUUCUAGCAGCAAAUCCUGAUAUUCAAGAUCGUCUUCGCAAAGAAAUACUUGCUAUACUUCCUGAUCGUGAUUGUCAUCCAACUGCUGAUCAAAUUGAACAAUUGAAAUUUUUAGAAUGUGUCUUUAAGGAAGUUUUAAGAAUCGUUCCGCCUGGGAGUGUAAUCCUUCGUACUAAUGUAAAAGAUGAAACUUUUAAUGGUUACUUUAUUCCAAAGAAAACACCAUUGUUGAUCCCCAUCUCCUCAAUCCAUCAUGAUCCCUCAGUUUGGGGUCAUGAUGCUGAACAUUUUAACCCAUAUCGAUGGCUCAAUCCGGAAAUAAAGUCAAAUAUAACCAAUUUUAAUUUCAUACCUUUUAGUGCGGGUCCAAGAAGUUGUUUGGCAAUGAGAAUGACAAAUUUAGAAAUUAGAACUAUAUUAGCUGUGAUUAUUAGAAAUCUUGAAUUUAAAUUAGUUGAAGGUUUUACCUUUGAAAAGACACAUGGUAUUACAGUUAAACCUUAUCCCGGAAUUGAUCUAUUGGUUUCAAUUGUAGAUCGUUAA